UAAGGAAGGUGCGCCUAAAGUAGUACCUAUGAAUCAUUCCUUUGCACCCAAAGCUGGAGGGUCCGAUCUGACACCCAACACUGCUUUUUCUUGAAACUACAAAUCCCGGAAAGGACCUUCAAGAAUCAGCAUCAUCGUGAACAGGUGUGCCCGUCGCUGUACCACCAUGGUAGCAUCAGCUUCUGCAAGCAGCGGCCGGUCGCAGGCAAAUGGAUUACUUCCUGUCCCAGCAUCGCAGACUCAGACUGCAGCAGGAAAUCACUCCUCGAAAAUACCAGGACCAAAGCCACCAGCUCCCAAGCUGAAGGUCGUCAUUCGAAGACUUCCUCCAGCCCUCACAGAAGCAGAAUUCCUCUCGGUUUUGGGAGACGAGUGGAAAUUGGCGAAAGGAAAAGUCGAUUAUUUCCUUUACAAGAAUGGAAAAGAUUCCAAAGAGUGAGUUCUUUGCUCAUGCAUUUGAUCUACCAUAACCUAAUUCUUUCGAUCGUUGAAGUCCAUCGAAACCUUCUCGUCCCUCGCGCGCUUACCUACACUUGACCAAUGAAAGUCACCUUAUGACCCUCUCCGAUACUGUUCGUAAUUCCGUCUUCGAAGAUGCCCAGAACACAUUCACAAAUUCUUGCCUCGUUGGUCCUCCCAGUGUCGAGUUUGCUCCCUACGGCCGAACUCCAGGUGGAAGACGUAGGGUAGAUGCUCGAGCUGGAACGAUUGACCAAGACCCGGAAUUCAUGGCAUUUCUCGAAGGUCUGGCAAAUCCUGUUUCUUCAAAAGAAGGAUAUACAGAUGCAGCUGGAGAAGGAACAUCAGGAAAACCGGAAAAGGUCACGACCACUCCAUUGGUUCAGUAUUUGAAGGACAAGAAAGCCAACAAACAUAAAGAGGCAGCAGUUAAGGCCGCGAAGAAACAGGAGGCUCAUACUGCCAAAGGAAAAUCCGUGAAAGAGAGCGAAGACGUCAAGAGAAAAGGAAAGGAUGGCAAGAUUGAAAAGUCGGUUGAGAGAGCAGCAAAGGAAGCAGUUAAGAUAUUGAACCGAGAAGCCUCACUUAAAGUGGCUGGCAUAGCCGAAGCAUCAAAGAACGGAGGGUCAAGCUCAGAUUCAAACUCUCACCCAAAGCUUGAUCUUGGCAGAGUUCCCGGCAGGCAACGGGGUGCUGUUAUUGCGGCUCAUAUUAGAAUGCUGCAGCGAGAUCUUGGAUUGAGCCCAGCUCAAGCCCAUCGUCAAGUCCGGCGUGAUACAGCAGAUGCACAGAAAGCAGAAAAAGCCGCCGCCGCUGCCAAAACUACCGAGACGAAAGAAACGUCCACUCCAGCUGUUCAAUCACCAACUGUCCCAACCGCACCAAAGGCUAUUGCCGCGCAACCUAAUAGUCGAAGAUCACGAGCGAAAGCUGGAUCAUCCUCGACAGAGACAGCAGCGAGCAAAGGAUCGAAUUCUGCUACAGCUUCUUCAGCCCCUGCUGGUCAACCUAGCCCUGUUGUAUUGUUAAAGAAACCCGACCCUAGACCAUCUGCCCCGGCUACACCGACUACGCCAACUGCCGCCCAGCCAACAAAACCAGCCCCAGCCAAUAAUCAUCGGAAACCGCAAAAUACUGCAGUUCCCUCUGACGGUGCAACUCAGGCUUUUAUCAAACAUGCAAAUCCUUCUCAGGGCGUAACAGAACCUCUUUUGAAAGAAGCACUGGAAAAGUUUGGAGCUGUAUCCAUGGUAGAAAUCGACAAACGCAAGGGCUUUGCCUAUGUUGAUUUCAUUGACUCUGCGGGUUUGAAGAAAGCCAUGGCAGCGAAUCCCAUCUCUGUUGCUCAAGGCACCGUCCAAGUUAUGCAGAGAAAGGGAACGGCUUUACCCCCGGAGAAGAAACCUGUCCAUCAGCCUCAUCAACCCCAUCAAGUACCUCAUGCACCUUCUCGUGGAGGUCGGGGAGGCAGAGGUGGAACUGUGGGAAGACGAGGUGGAAGAGGUGGUCCUCGUGGGGGUGGUAAUGGAGGAGGUAAUGGCACUCAAGCCCCAGCUUCGGCACCAACUGGACCAGCGGGCAAGUAAUUGCGUUUUGUGUGUGACUGUUGUCACUUUUUCCAAGAUUUACACUCGCCCAUUUGGCUUUGCCUCAUUGCGCCGGGGAAACUCGUGCUGAAGACCCCCAUUCUGCGGAUAGCAUGUACCCAUGCCAUUAUCCGCCGCCUGAGUCUUGCUUCGGUACGCUUGAUGCGUACUCUUGCAGUCUUAUGAGCUCGACCGAAGACCGUGAUUUUGAUCUCAGAUCCGGGCGGGUGCUUCGUGGCGAACGGAAUGGAAUUAUCACUUCUAUAUCAGCGCCGUAGCGUUAGCAGGCUGGGUCAUUACGUCGUGGCAUGAUUAAAGAGGUGCAGAGGGGGCUGAAGAUAGAUACCUGAAGUUUCCAAAACUUGCUGGAUAUGGAAUGGAUGCAUUCAGGCAUAGAAGAGAGGCCGUAUGAGAGAGACACAGAGAGAGAAGAUUUACUAGCUGAUAUUGUUAUUUCUGUUGACGUUACUAGAUAAAGAAUCAUUGAACCUUAAAUU